CUUCAGCUGGAGUCAAACAGCAUCCACAUUUCUAGUAGACAUAGCAUAAACAGAAUUUCAAUUAAAAAUGGAAAUUUUCGGUCAGAAAGUUGCAAGAAAAAUGGAGCGUAGCACACAGAAACAAAAGCACGAUCACGAUUACGAAAACGAUCUCGAUUACGAACACGCAUACAGCAGCAGCAGCACCAGCAACAUAAUGGACGCUUUCGACGAUGACUCACAGACCCUGCUGCACCAGGUGGGCGUCGAAGCUGACGUUGAGAACCCCCGGAAGGCAGUGGAGCGUAAGCUGAUUUACCGGUCGGAGGCGAACCACAAGGCAACACCUUCACGGGCAUUUCGUCGCCAGGCCCAGGGGGGACACACUGACAAAGGACGCGGCGAUGGCAAGCACACGAAGAAAAAUCUGGCUAGGGAGGCUGCCGGCGGCGAUAAGAUCCGCAUCCGUGCACUCGACUCGGCCCGCCGCAACGGACUGUCGUUGAGCGACGACACGGAGGAGAGCGACAUGGAGUCACUGUCCCGCAGACUGCAGGAUGUGGUGCUGGAGGCAGAGCAAGCGGAGCGGCGCCUGAGCGGCGUCUAUGGGCGGAAGCAGAUGAGCACCAAGCCCGCUGGCGCCUACACGUGCAACGUGUGCGGAGCCAAGUUCCGAAUUAAGUCGCUGCUCGGCGCUCAUCGUCGCACCCAUGACGAGGACUUUGCCGUGCGCUUUAGCAAGCACCGCGCCCGUGGCAGCAACACGACCCUGACCAAUGGACACGUGUGCAAGUACUGUGACCGCAAGUUUGAUCUGGAGCGCACGCUGCACAUCCACCAGCUGUGCCACUGCAAGAAGAUACCGCCCCAGCUGCGACGCAAGCUGCCCUACACCGAACUGCUGCACGAGAAGAAGGCGCCGCUGCACGAUCAGUGAUGGCAGCCCCAAAAUGUGUGUGCCACUUAGAGUGUGCCACGUUUCGACUCGCUCUUGGCACACUUUAUUCCUUUAGAUUUUACUGUUUUUGAAAAUUUAACCACAGCAGCAGAACCAAGCAUAACCCAGAAACAAAUCUCACUCUGAAUAUUUCAUGAGUGGAAGUUUCCAUUUCAUUGUUUCCAUUAAAUUGCUCUCCCCCCC